UCCAUGGAUUAAUCCUCACAGUCACAUCCUCAUUCUCCAGAUCUUGUAUGUUCUUGUCAGUCGUGUCAUUGAUCAGACCAAAUAUGGCUCCUUUGCCCCUGAAAAACUUGUUGCUCUGUACAACCAUUUUCGCUUUCUUAGCUUUGGCUUUGUUAUCACAAGCAGAGCUUGAUGUCCAUCACUACGACCAUACAUGUCCUCAGUUGGAAAAAAUCAUUAAAGACACUGUUCUUAAUGCUUCUCAGCAUGACCCUAAAGUCCCAGCUCGCAUACUGAGGAUGUUCUUCCAUGACUGUUUCAUUAGGGGUUGUGAUGCAUCAGUACUUUUAGACUCAACUCCUACGAGCAAAGCUGAGAAAGAUGGCCCUCCAAACAUCUCUGUGAGAUCAUUCUAUGUGAUUGAUGAAGCUAAAGCCAAGCUUGAAAAGGCAUGCCCACACAUAGUUUCGUGUGCUGAUAUUCUCGCCAUUGCAGCCAGAGAUGUGGUAACCCUGUCUGGGGGUCCAUCAUGGGAAGUUCUAAAAGGAAGAAAAGAUGGAAGAGUGUCAAAAGCAUCAGACACAAGAAACUUGCCACCUCCAACUUCAAAUGUGAGCCAACUUAUUCAGAGCUUCGCUUCAAGAGGAUUAGACGUCAAAGAUUUGGUCACUCUAUCAGGUGGUCACACUCUGGGAUUCUCACACUGUUCUUCAUUCGAAGCUCGGCUUAGGAAUUUCAAUCUGUUGCAUGACGUCGAUCCCAGUUUAGACUCUAAGUUCGCUCAAGAUCUGAAGCAGAAAUGCCCAGAAAAACCAUCAUUCAGGGGCCAUAAUGCAGGACACUUCUUGGACUCAACAGCUUCAGCGUUUGAUAAUGACUAUUACAAGAGAUUGCUUGCUGGGAAAGGAUUGUUUAUAUCAGAUCAAGCAAUAGUUGGAGAUUACAGGACCAGAUGGAUUGUUGAAGCAUUUGCUAAAGAUCAAAGCUUGUUCUUCAAUGAGUUUAUUGCUUCCAUGUUGAAGCUUGGGAAUGUGGGUGUGUUAUCUCACAAUGGAGAAGUGAGACGUGAUUGCCGGGUCGUGAACUAAGGGAGAAACAAGAGACUAAUUAUUACUCAAUUUUUUUCCCCCGGCGAUUUACAAGGUGUUGUGAUGUUGUCACAUGACUCAAAGCUUAAAUAAAUGUCGUAUGAUGUAAAAUGACGUCGUUUCCUUAAAAUACUUGUUCUUGAA